CAGAUACUGCCGUCGAUCUUAUAAUCGGAAAACAUGGAAACUGUCUCGAUUUCGGCCAUUCUGAUCAUCGAUCUAACUUGUUCAGUGUUGUAUUGAUUAAAUAAAAAUAAAAAAACGUGGGGAAAUGGCGACUGCCUUGCUGGGUUUUUACGGCCGCUUAGAGCCCACGAUUUCACAGCAAGUAGCGUUUCCUGCGAAGAUUUCAGCUUCAAGAAAAACUACCCAAAGCCAUGAGCGUCGAAUCGAACGCAGUUCAAAGAGGAAUUCAAGCUCUCUAAUCGGAAGAACGAUUAGGAGAUUGGAUUGUUCAGUUUCACCUAUCAAGAAGCUGCUCUCUUACUUGAAAUCGGAUUGCUUGGAAAAUGCACUCCAACUGUUCGACGAAAUGACUAAACCAAAUACUUUUGUAUGGAACGUGAUGAUCAGGGCGCUGGUUGAUUCUGAAUUAUUUGAAAAAGCUAUCGAAUAUUAUUACCGGAUGCAAAAUGAAGAUAUCAAACCCGAUCAUUUUACUUUUCCUUUCGUGAUCAAAGCUUGCACGGGGAUGUUUAGUUUGAAGGAAGGGCAGAAAGUUCAUUCCGCCGUUAUUAAAUUUGGACUUGAUUCAGAUGUCUACAUAAGUAAUGCACUCAUUGUUAUGUAUGCUAAGGCUGGGCGUGUCGAAGAUUCGGAGAAAGUUUUCAAGCACAUGUCUGUUAGGGAUGCAGUUUCUUGGAAUUCAAUGAUCUUUGGCUAUGUUUCAGUCGGGGAUGGUUGGAAUUCCUUGUUUUAUUUCCGGAAAAUGCAGGAACAUCAAAUGGAAGUCGACAGGUUCAGCUAUGUCGGGGCUUUAAUAGCUUGUUCAAUCGAGUGUCAUUUGCGAGGUGGGAAGGAGAUCUUCUGCCAGGUGCUUAGGAAUGGCCAUGAACUAGACUCGAUGAUUCGGAGUUCCCUCAUCGACAUGUUUGGAAAAUGUGGCGAAGUCUAUUUAGCUGAGAAUCUGUUUUUUGGAGUUUCGGAAACAAAUGUGGUGGUUUGGAAUGCAAUGAUUGGCGCAUAUGUGUCGAACGACCGAUGUUUAGAAUCGUUUUCUUGUUUGAGAAAAAUGCAGCGCGAUCACCGUGUGGCACCGGAUGUCGUCACGCUGAUUAAUACGCUCCCUGCCUGCUCGAAAGUUAAAGCUCUGUCGCACGGGAAAGCCAUCCAUGGAUAUGCGAUUAGAAGAGGAUUUUCGAGUCAUGUAGUGUUGGAGACAGCUCUGGUUGACAUGUACGGUAAAUGCGACGAAGUAGCGCUCUCUGAGUGUUUAUUUAAUAGCAUGAAGGAAAGAAACUUGGUCACAUGGAAUGCCAUGAUUGGCGCUUACGUUCAAAACUCGCGCAACAUAGAAGCUGUGGAAAUGUUUCGAAUUUUGUUGCGCGAGUCGUGUUUACCCGACGAAUGGACAUUUGCGAGCAUUCUUGCAGCCUAUGCAGAAAUAGCCUUGCCGAAAGAAGGGCAGCAGGUGCACGGCUAUGUCAUUAAAUCGGGGACUUCUUACGGUACGUUAGUCUCGAAUUCAAUUAUUCAUAUGUAUGCCAAAAGCGGUGAUCUUGAGUCAGCGCGGAAAGUUUUCGAUAGGAUAGUGUUUAAGGAUGUCAUCACGUGGAACACGAUUAUAAUGUCUUACGCUAUUCACGGAUUUGGCGAAUGUUGCUUUAGGCUGUUCGAGGGUAUGAUGAAUGACGGAAUUGGUCCGAAUGCGAUCACAUUCGUCGCCCUCUUGACGGCUUGCAGCGUUGCUGGCUUCGUUGAUGAAGGUUGGGCGUAUUUUCAUUCGAUGAAGAAUGAUUAUGGAAUCAAACCCGGGAUCGAACACUAUGGAUGCAUACUUGAUUUGCUUGGCCGCAGCGGUGAACUUGACCGCGCUAGACGGUUUAUCGAGGAAAUUCCGGUGGCGCCUACUCACCGGAUAUGGGGCUCUUUAUUGGUAGCGAGUCGACAUUACAAAAACAUCGAACUGGCUGAGAUGGCUGCGAGUCAUUUAUCGACUGCAAUAGAUACAGACAACAUUGGAUCUUACAUCUUGCUGUCGAACUUGUAUGCUGAAGUUGGGAGAUGGGAAGAUGUCGAGCGCAUUAAAUCUUUGAUGAAAGAACGCGGAUUGGAAAGGACAAUCGGGCGUAGUAUUGUUGAAUAUCGAGGUAGAAUUUAUGAGUUCAAGAAUCACGAUAGAUCGAAGAUCGAGAGCGGCAUAGUCUACGAUGUUCUCGAUGUUGUCUUAAAGAGGAUAGGGAAAGAAGAAGACAGGAAUGUUCGCGGGAUGACCAAGUUCAAACCGCGCGAUGUAAUAAAGAAACGGGAAGGUUCCCCGGCGUGGCAUAGCGUGAGAUUGGCUAUUUGUUUUGGAUUGAUCGGGAGCGCGGUUGGGAAGCCUGUUGUCGUGAGGAAGAAUGUAAGAAUGUGCGAAAGCUGUCACGUCGUGGCUAAGAAGAUGUCGGAGGUUUUGAAUCGGGAGAUCGUCGUCGACGACUCGAAAACUUAUCACCAUUUCAACAGCGGUCGAUGUUCGUGUGGAGAUUGGUGGUGAUUUUUUAUGCUGAAAGAUGGAAUGAAGAACCAAGUAAACUUGAACUUGUUUAUACGUACACGUAGGUUUAGAUCAUAUGUUAUUAAUAUGUUCUAAAAUUGUACCAUUGAAUUUUAAAAGAAAACUAUUGAAUUAUCAAUAUACGACCAACUCCAGCCGUAUGCAAUUAGAGGAAUCCU